GGAGGGCAUGUGCGGCGUGGACCUAAUGCCGUUGACAAUAACGACAAUCGUUUUAAAUGGUGUGCUGCCAUGCUUUCCGUUCCGGUGAGCAUCCUACUUCUAUUAUGGAAUCUUGAUGGCUCUGGGAACUUUAGAAUUCAUUCAUGGACAAGCGGCUACAUCUAUAGCAUUUAUAGAUACGAUGACAUUCUUUGUAUGGAUGCGACAAGAGUUCGACUAAAGGCUCGUUCUGAAAAUGAUGAUUACAUUCAUGCUAAUUGGAUCACAAUGCCUGAUAAUCAAAAAUACAUUUGCACUCAGGGUCCACUUGCCGAAACUGUUGAGGAUUUCUGGCACAUGGUUUUCACAGAAAGGAGCAAUGUUGUCGUAAUGCUCUGCAAUUUUGUUGAAGGUUAG